CCCAGGCAGCCCUGCUAUCCGGACGAGCAGAUUUCCCACAGCAAUGAGCUCUCUGGUCAACUUCAGGAGCUGCCUGGAAGCUGGUUUGCUGCAGAACCAAGUGGCCAUCGUCACCGGCGGGGGCACGGGCAUUGGAAAAGCCAUAGUGAGGGAGCUCCUGCACCUGGGUGUGUGAGCUGGGCCCUGGGGCCGGGGCUAAUAGAGACACGGUGUGUGUGUGUGUGGUGUAAUGUGGUCAUUGCCUCCCGUAAAUUUGAUAGACUAAAAUCAUCUGCAGAGGAACUGAAGGCCAGGCUGCCUCCCGACAGCCAGGCUAACGUCACUCCCAUCCAGUGCAACAUCCGUAAUGAAGAAGAGGUAAAUAAUUUGAUCAAAUCCACCUUAGAUCUUUAUGGUAAGAUCAGCUUCUUGGUGAACAAUGGAGGAGGCCAGUUCAUAUCUCCUUUGGAAAAUAUCAGUUCGAAGGGGUGGCAUGCUGUGAUCGAAACCAACCUGACGGGCACCUUUUACAUGUGCAAAUCAGUUUACAAUUCCUGGAUGAAAAAGAAUGGAGGAGCUAUCGUCAACAUUAUUGUCCUCACAAAAUAUGGAUUUCCAAGAGCUGCGCAUUCUGGAGCUGCCAGAGAAGGUGUUUACAGCCUCACCAAGUCCUUAGCGUUGGAGUGGGCCAGCAGUGGCAUCAGGAUCAACUGUGUAGCACCCGGAACAAUUUAUUCCCCGACGGCUUUUGACAACUAUGGUCAUUUGUCAAAAGAACUCUUUGAAGGAGCCUAUGCUAAUAUCCCAGCUAAAAGACUUGGAGUUCCUGAGGAGAUCGCCUCCUUGGUAUGCUUCCUGCUGUCUCCAGCUGCUUCCUUUAUCACCGGACAGUUGGUGGAUGUGGAUGGAGGCCAGUCUCUGUAUAAUCACAUAUUUGAGAUACCAGAUCAUGACAACUGGCCCAAUGGAAUGGGGGACCUUUCCACUGUCAAAAGGAUGAAGGAGUCUUUUAGGAAGAAAGCCAAACUUUAAGGAAACCAAGGAAUGCCUUUUGCUCCCUAAAUGCCUUAACAGUUCAAGGAUGUAUUUGUCUAAUAUUUUUGUAGUGUUUAUAUCAUAUGAAAAAAGCACAUUUUGCUUUUGAAAUGUUAUCAGUUGUCUCUUUGCAGAACUCUUCCAGCAAUGAAGAUAAUUAAGACUUCCACCCAAUGCCUUUUAGUUUCUGAUAUUAAAAUAAAGUUUGGCAAAUGAAACUGA